AUGUCUCCUAUCUUCCUUUUUGUGAAAGGCCCACAACUCCUCGCUCCAUUGGCCGGUGAUCUCUGCUUUGCAGAUCUUCGGCUUGCCGGUGAACUAUUGCCUCUGCCUGUAGCCCAGAUGGCAAACGCCCAACCACAGGGUCCACACCGCGGUCUCUCCGUAUCCCCUGGUCACCUGGUAUUCCUCAAGCGACUGUCUGGCAGCCAGAACGCCGGAGACGAUAUCGUUUGGGAUGAGGAUCCACACGAAGAUGAAGGUAAUGGCGAGUCGGUCAUCAGCAGUGACCUCGAUGCUGGGGCAACUGAGGCUGUCAGGCGCUUGGUUUCCGAGCAGGACUAUCUCUCUGGUCUAUUGGAAGUUGGCUGCCCAGCUGAGACAUGCCGUGAAGGGCCUGAAAGCGAGAACAUUGCGCCCAGUUUCCCAAGCUCACUUCAGUCCAAUCUUCCUCCAGGAAGACGGAUCCCCAACUCAUUGUCAUCUACUUCUUCUUUCCAUCCCCACGCCUAUAUUUCCUCCAGUUCUCACGCAUCAGUGCCCUCGUCCCAAUAUUCCCGUCUAACCCGGGACAGUUUGGAGGCAAUGAAGAUAACCAAGUUUGUUCAUGUCUCACGUCCGGACCUCUGUCCCUGGUCCACGGAUCGUCAACCCCUUCAUCUGAAAGCCUAUAAUGCAUCAAGCUGGCAAUGUUACGAUGCGGAUCAGGUUUUGGGAGCUGUCUGGGGCGAGGUUUUAUGUCCACUCGUAUUUGGUAAGUGGACUUGUUGA